AUGGACGACAUCGUCUCCUCUCCGCCCGAGACCAACAUUCGGAAACGUUGUGCACCUGAGGAGGAGCAUCAAGACGGUGAUAAGCCACUCAAUCUGAAAGGAAACCAGUUCAUCAUGCCCACACCACCCGACACUGAGGAGUCUAGUAAUGCAAGUCCGGACGCCAGUAACAACAACGACGACAUGGGACGUGCCGCGUCGCCAGCUUCCAGUAGCAUUCUCAGCAGUGCUGCGGAAGUCACAAUCAGCAACAAUGGCGCUGAUUCCAACCCAAUGGCCGGACCUGCGAACACAGCGGCUCCCCAAUCUACAUCUGGACCACCUCCUACAAAGCGACGAAAAUUGACACCAUCGGAGAAAGUGGAAGCAGCGCGGCUCAAGGACACCAAAGCACGCGAGACGGCCGAGAAGAAGGCGCUUAAGGAGGCAGAAAAAGCACGCAAAGAGGAAGAGAAGGCCAAACAGCAGAUCAUCAGGGACGAGAAUAAACGCUUGAACGAUGAAAAGAAGCGGCAGAAGGCCGAGGAAGCGGAAGCCAAGAAACGGGAGAAGGAACUCGCGAAACAGCGCGAGGCUCAUGAGAAACUUGAAAAGGAGCGAAAGCAGAUGAGACUCGGCAAUUUCUUCCAAACVCCCGCCACUCCAGCGAGACAAGACGGCGAUGGCAAUGAGAGCCAACCAGGCACUGCUAGGCGCAAGUCUUUGUCUCUCGAGCCGUACGACGCGGUAGCGGAGAGGAUCAAAAUCUCAGCAUCUCCAGCACGAGGCACCCCACCGCCCGAAAAGAAGCCUGUUGUGAGCAAACGGGCUGGACUUUCCGACUAUCAACGCACCUUUCUCCCUUUCAUGCUUCCCACAAAUAGCACUCUUGCACCACUCCCCCAACAGUCGAGCGCUACAUCGGACCUUUUCGACCACGAGCUGGACGAUCCAUCUCURCGAGAGAAGUUUGAUCUGGGGAUUGCGGACUCCUACGCGGAACUUGCUCAUUACUUUGCCGUCGAGCCCGGCACAACACGUGGCGAACCUGUCCGUAGUAUCAAGGAGAUAGUGGGACUAAUCGAUGGAACUGUGAAGCAGCCCAUUGACUUGACGGGAAUGCACGCCGGAGACAAUGCGCUGGACCAUCUACGCAAAGCAUCAAUACGGCACAUCGAAUUUCAACAGGACGUGCGACCCGCAUACUUUGGCACAUAUACCAAGAUCAGCUCGCCGCGCAAACUCCACCGGGUCCGGCGAAAUCCGUUUAUACGUGCACGACCCGAUACAGACUAUGACAACGAUUCGGAGGCAGAGUGGGAGGAGCCAGAGGAGGGCGACGAAGAAAUCAUGUCAGAGGCCGAAGACGAGGCAGACAGUCAAGGCGAUGCCAACGAGAUUGACGACUUCCUUGACGACGAGGAAGACAACGCAAAGAGCAAGCGUAGAGUUGCCACUGGAGAACUCGUCCCCGAGACCACCGGCUUGUGCUGGGAAAAUGAAGCACACCAUCUCUAUGUCGUGGAGAGUAUCGAAACCAACAAACAGCCACCCGUAAUGCAUGGGAUGCGGAUUGGUAUGAUGCUUCCAGGUCUCACCGAGAUGACCAUCGACCCCUUUUCAGACGCGUACUGGCAAAGCACUGCUAUGCAACCCCCGGGAGGAUCAAUGCCACCCCCUAGAGCACCACUCCAGCCGCGCUUGAAUGUUCCAGAGACCGGUCUCGUCGGAGCGACUGAGGGUCAUCGCGGACCCAUCACCACCGUCGCGGCGUCUCAGAAUCAGGGCGCUAAGCGCGGACCUAAGCCUGCACCGCGGACGUUGAGCAAGGAGGAUCUUGCGGAGUUCAAGGAGGCUGUUAUUGACAGUCCUCUUGGCAAACUGGAGCUCCAGAAAGGACUGAAGGCCAGAUUUCCGAAGCUCACACACGACGCCAUCAAAGAGACCUUGGGCACGCAAUUCGCCCAGACAGGCCUGACCAAGGCCGACAAGAAGUGGGUCUACGUCGGUGAAUCAUGA